GUUCAACUCUUGUCAGAAGAAAAUUUGCAUCUAGUCAGGAUUCUUCAGACUUCGGACAAUUCCAUCACUCUGAAGAUUUUUCCCCUCGAUCUUCCCAUCCAUCCACCGAAUACUAUCCAACACUUAAAGACAACCAGUAUCUGCCACAAGAACUCGAUGACUACCAUCUGAGUCCUGCUCCGAACCCACCACAGCCGUCUGCCUCUGCCUUCCUCGAUCUCUUCAAGAACAAUCCAGAUCGACGACCAUCAGCAGCCGGAUUACUCCGACGACCCUCCACAGUCAACUUAAGGCGACCAUCUGUGUUCGUCGAGCAUAGCCUCGUUCCUUCUCAAUUCAACCAGCAGGCUAUUCCAAAUAAUCCUCACCGUCCGCAGCUGAGUUUGCAACAAGUAGUUGACGAACAUUUCCACCAUUACUACGAGACCAAACCGACAUCGAGGCCAACCUCCCCGAACAAGUCCAAAAAACCUGCCAUCGAUUUGACCGAACUUUCCAAGCUAUACGGCAUACCUCUGAGCCAUCCCAAACAGAUGGAAGACGAGGAAGAGGUCACGUUCAUUCCCCAGCGCAGGUCUACAAUGCCAACUGUACUGGACCAGAACUCGCUGCCCGUGGAACCCGAUAUGUCUUUGGGUGAGGGAAUGGUACGGACUGGUUCCCUGUACAGUGCGACUCGAAAGAUGGAAUCUUCUGCUAAAAGUGGUUCCAUCGCGAGUUCGAGAAAAAAGAGCUUGCCUGAUAUCAGUAACAUCGCAGAGCCGAAAAUUUUAACGCGAGAAACGAUUGCUAUUUUGAGUUCUCAGAGACGAGAAGCCAUCCGCAGGCAAGAGGAGGAAGCUCAGAGACUCAGAGCGAAUCCAUUGCUGUACCUACUCAGCCCAGAAUUUUGUGACUGGCUGUCAGGUCAACAAUUGGUGAUACUCAUUCUUGUGAUCAACAUCGCCAUUGGAUUGCUGUUUUUCAAAGUUCUCUACUAACGAGACUCUUGGAAAUUCCAGCAGAUGGUUCGACAGAUAUAUUUGGGGCCAUUUUGAAAUUCGGACAAAUUUUUGAUUUGUGUUUUCAGGCCUAGCUUGCGAAUCAAUUAGGAUAUCACUGCAGAUGCCAUUGCUAACGCUGCAAUCUGUUUUUGAAUUGAUACCCUAAUUGCUCGCACUCAUGAUACCAACAUCCCAACGUUUGAGAAUCCUUUGGAAGUUGCCAUAACACCAGCUGUUACAGUGUUUGUAUUCCAAUCAAGGCUCCAUACCUUGUCACUAAAGUGAGUCAAUAACAUGAAAGUCAGCUAUUCAAUUUUAUUUGGCUUCAGACUAAUGAAUAACAGUUUAGAUUAUUUCAUGUUUUGGUUUAUGUUUACCCGAUUUCGUACUGUUAAAAACAAUAAAGUGCUAAAGAAAUAAUAUGGAGGGCAAUUUUUGCUUUGAAAACCCAUUCUAAAAUAACUUAAGAGUUUGAUUUUAGUAAUUUGCUUAACUUCUAUUACUAUUUCUCGGAUAUUCAGCCCAAUAGUACCGAUUUGAGACUCAGAUGUUUAAAAAAAGAGAAAAGUGAAACGAUAUUUUUUGUUUUGUUAAAAUUCCAUGCAAAAAUAAUAAAAUUUUAAAACAAAAACUACUCUAACGAAAGCUGUUUUUAUUUUACUUUAUCACAAUGUCACAAAAAUCAAUUUAAGAAUUUGAUUUUAAAAAUUUGGUUAACUUCUAUUACUAUUUUUGGAAAUUCAGCCCUAUAAUACCGAUUUGAGACUCACGUGUAAAAUAAAAGGAAGAAAAAAAGAAAGUUAAAAGUCUUUUUUUUCUUUUUCUUUUUUUUACAAUCUGUGCAAAAAUAUAUAAAAACAAAAACUACUCUUACGAUAGCUGUUUUAUUUUAUUUUAGCACAAUGUCACAAAAAUGCAAACCAUAAAAGUUGAAUUUAUUCAACUAAAAACACUUGUUAUAAGUGAAUAUGCUUUCAACUAAAACUUAAAAUUAUAACUUCGUUAGAAUUUUAAGUAUAUUCAUAAAAAAAACUAUUUCAGUUCUCAUAAAUCUCUUUAAUUUUUUACGAUUCUUAUGGAUUUAGUUCUUGUAAUUUUCCUUUUUUUAUAACUAAGUACAUACUUGAAUUAUACUAGAUAAAAUAUGCGAAUUCUACACUUAUUGAUAGAUAAGUUCAUUAAAAUAGAAGGGGAGUGAAAUUUAAACGAUGUAAGAAAAAUAAAUAAAUUUAAUUUCUCUUCAUACAUUCUAAACAAAAAUUUUCUUAUUUAGCAAUUAACUUCAUAUCUUUAACAAACUUAGUAAUAAUAACCGAAUUCUUAAUUUUUAUUUUUUUAACCAAUUUAAUUUAAAAAUUUUUUUUCAUAAUGCAAAGAAUAUACAAGAAGUUCUAAUUCUAUAAACACCACCUUUGCCAUUAGACUCUUUACUGAAAAUAAAUUAAUAAUUGUCAUAGUUGUUUAAUAAAAAAAAUCCAGAAUUAAAAAUAAAAAAAAAUUAUUAGAGAAAUAAGUAUGAUAAACCAUGAAUUUUUAUUACUUAUUAGCAAGUCGACCAAAUUAUUCUAACCAGUAAGAAGAUAUUAAUUGUCCGAAUUUUUAACUCAUUAGUGCCAGAAACUAGUUUUGAUUAUUUUAUGCUUAUCUUUACAACAUUGUCAUUGAGUUUGAGUUUCUUUUAUCAGAUUCGGUAACUUAAUUAUUUAAAUUUUAAUUUUUAAAUUCUAAAAACUUUAUUGAGAAUAAUAAACUACCAAAUUGACACUUUUAGUAGACUAAUUGAGGUCUUAAUUUAGAAUGAGAAACAUUUAAUUAGACACCUCUAAACUAAUUUAGGUCGUAGUUUAGAAUGCUCAAUAAUGAUUUAACACUGUUAACAAACAAAUGUAAAUCUUAAUUUAGAA